UUCGCAGAAUGUCACUAACUCUUUGGGUCCACGCAACUACCCUCCUUUUCUGUACCUUCCUUCAGCAAGCUAUCAUUGGAUCACUGCUUACAUGUGUAGCUAAAGCUUUAUUUUCCAGUCACCGCAUCCUUCGCUGCUGUGUUAGUUCCAAGCUACACGUGUGCUGCACGUGUGCUGCUGCAGGAAGAUUAUAAGCUCUGCACAGACUGU